UCUACGUUUCUAGGGUUCAUCAUCUUCUUCAAUCUGUUUCUAGCUUAAGCUGCAAUGGUGUCUUUGGGAGUGUUCUCUGAGAAUCUUCAUGGUGAAUCUCUGGAUCGAAUUCCAUUAGUUCCGUUUCGUCUGCGAUAAAUCUCCUACAGAUCGUUACGCCAUAAAUUGAUUCAUCGCCAUCAAUGAAUGUCUUAACUCAUUCGACCCACUACCAUCACUAUUCCUCAUUCAAUGUAAAGGCGGUGGCUAUCUAUCUAUAGAAAAGUUAGCUUUCAUCCCAUAAACAUCAUCCUCAGAAAUCCUAACAACACUAGAAACUUCUAUUUCAUUAGCACGGCUAAAUCAUCUAUUCUACUCGCUGCUUCCACCGCCUAGGUGUGUCACUGCUCAGGAUUUGGGAAGAAAGAAGCGUGAAACCCGGUGGUGAGCUUAGAGUUUCCACUGAGAUGUCACUGCUCGAUUCUUCAAGGACACAGAGCUUACCAUCCGGAGUUGACUCCACCGUAGGCAACGGUCAAGGAACAUCAAGUCUGGUCAAAGCUAGCGGCGGAGGUACCAAAACUAGGAAAACCGGUGGAGGAGGAGUCGGAGGAAAGACUGAUGUAAGGUACAAGUAUCGGCAGUCAGUACCAGCUCCUCAGGUUGCAAGGGAGAGUCCACUCAGACAUAACAAAAUCUCGAAACAACCAAGCUUUUAUUCACUCAGGAGACGCUACAUGCCGCUGUUUCCGUUGUGGCCAAGUGUGAGUGACCAGUUUAUAGGAGGGAAAGCUUAAGACACAGAGUGAGGUUGACUCAAUCAUGACUAUUUAGAAUACUGAGGUUCUGAUGUUUUACGUAUCGUCACCUGAGAUUUUUUUGAUCCUGAACCGCUAUCCCUCGAAAUGACAGACUCAUUUAACUAAUAUAUAUAAAAAUCUUUGAUGCGGGAUUCCAGUUCCUAACACCUGGAACUAUGAUCUGGGAUUACUUUAUUAUUAUAUAAUUUAUCAUCUGGGAUUUGUUGUUUCAAUCUCUUUAAUUUAUUCUCUUUUACAAUGUGGAUGGUAAUGAAAUCGUUCAUGGAUCAACGCUACUAUAUAAAAAA